UUGACGAUAGGUGUGGUUCGUCAAGCCAUAGAAUUGGAAGCCAAAAAAAAGAAGAAAAGCUCAAUGCGGCGACGAGAAUGGUUUCACUUUCACCAAGGAACAGGCGGGAGCGAGCGAUGAACUGGCGUACACAUUAAAGACCAUCAUGGCCUCCACAAGAGACCACGAAGGUGAUGACGAGGGAAAGCGUAGACCGGUGUUCGCGCGAGUGUGGGCGUCCGCGCGGCCGUUUACGAUUGGGGCGCUGGCUGGGUGCUGCAGUGCGACGUUGAUGACACCCUUGGACCUGGUGAAAGUUCGCCAGCAGAUAACGGGGGAAAGUGCUUACCGGGUGGCGCGGCGAACGUGGAAGGCUGACGGUUUGCGGGGUUUCUACGCGGGUAUCUCGGCCGUCUGGCUUCGACAAGUCGUGUACAAGGGUGCCGUUCUGGGUUUGUACGACGUGUUUUCGGGAGCAGCGGCGGGCGGCUCCGAGACCCCGGCGCCACUGGCUCGUUUGGUUCUAUGCGCGAGCGGCGCCGCGGGCUGCGCUGCGGUAGUCGGAAACCCCGUCGACCGCGCCCUCGUGCUGAUGCAGGCGAAUUACCGCAGCAAGCGGCAGGCGCGGCCCUACGCGCACGUGGGCGAAGCACUACUCGGGAUCGUGCGGACGGAGGGCGGUCGGGGGCUGCUCCGCGGGGUCGGCGCCACGGCCGCGCGAGCCGUCUCGCUCAACGCGUCUUUUCUCGCGGGAAACACCUACCUGAAGGAGGUGAUCUGCCCGCAACUCUUUCCAGUCGCACUCGUCACGCAAUGUCCGUACGUGAUCACGGUGUGCAGCGCUGUUUCCGCGGGGUUUCUGUCCUGCGUGACGUCCCUCCCGGCGGAUUUCGUGAAGGUCACACUGCAGAUAUCGUAAGGAAAAAUGCCCCCACCCCCGAACUUGAAAGGAUUUGUAUUGCAAACCUUUCCAAAUGAAACAUUCGCCCUCUUGCAUCUAUCAGCAUCACAAAUUUCCCAUGCUGAAUAGCGAAAAUUUCGGAUGCAAAGGAGCCCAACAACAGGCGGAUCCCUGAUGCAACAGAUACCUUGCGCACCUAGAUUCUGCAUCAGAAAUGCUUGCGCUCCUUUCAUGCAAGACAAAAACCUUUCAUUUGGAAACUUUGCAUGAGAAACUUUUGCGAAUUCGGGGGUGGGGGCACUUUUCAUUGUAAUAGCAGAGUCAACAAAAGAGCGGAACGGGGAAACAAGUGUACGCGGGGCCGCUGGAUUGCGUGCGCGAAACUGUCCGCACGCGGGGCGUUUUGGCGUUUUACACCGGCUUCGGGACCUACGUUGCGAAACAGGCCCCGAUGGCAACACUCACACUUUUGUUUCAAGAUGCUCUCAAGCGGGUACUGCACACAUUCAGAUCACUGUUUCGGCUUGGUGUUCGCCUCUUUUGCUUGUUUCCCAAUAGAAAAAUUAGACCACAACUACUUGUAAGAUAA